UUCGUGGAAAUCAAGAAAAACAAAACAAACGACAGCAUCAUGACAGCUGAGCAAGGACUUGUUUACAUCGCCAAAGCACACUUUAACUGGAAUCGGUGAAUGCAAACAUGACAGCGGGACCGACGGCCCCCGUUUAGUUGUCUAAAUGUGCCUGUGAUCUGAACGGUAUCUGGGGGGACGUGAGGGAAGCCGUCAGACAUGGAGGCAGUGCGACCGAAGAAGAGCAAGUCCAGAUCGGCUGGGAAGCCUCAGCUAUCUCAGAAGCAGAGGCCAGCAGAGGAGGGGUCUACGGCUCCGGCAGCGGCCCCAGAUGAAGCUCUGUGUUCUGGGUUCUCUGAUAUCCACCUCAGCCUGCACUACCAGGCGUCAGAGGAGCCAGCCCCCGCAGACGUUACCGAAACACAGCCGUCUGAAAGUCAGCCGAGCUCAUCCUCACCGUCGGCGAGUAAUGCCCAGACGUCGGCUCUGUCUUCAGACACUUCCCUCGCCGCGUCCCAGCCGGUCUCUCAGAUCGAGCUCAAAACACAGAAAGCUGAUGAGGAGCGACCGGAGGAGACUCAAGGCCAGGAGCUCAGAGCCGAGCCGGAGAGCACAAAGACAGCCGGCCCGGGCCACCAGAGAUGGAUCGAGUCUUGUUUAUCAGCCACGGUGGCGGACAGCCCGGCCGUGCCCAGCGCCCCGGCCCUCUACCCCUCCCUCACCUCUCUGGGGGAGGGGCCCCUGACGCAGCUCUCCGAGGAGGCCCUCCGGAGCUGUAAGACCCGAGGGCCCGCCGUGUUGGCCCUGGCGGAGCAGGAGUCCUCGCCCCCCAGCCUGCAGCCUCUGGGCUCCGUGGCCGAGCUGCCCCGGAGCCGGCUGUACCCCGAGUUACCCCAGACCGCGCCCGAGCUGGAGGCCUUCUCCCUGGAGCAGCUUGGCGUGUGGGAGACGGGCGGCGGGCUGAAGGCGUGGCUGGGCUGCGUGGAGGCGUGCGCCGCCCAGUUCUGCAGCACGGCGCAGACGGACGGCCACGAGCUCACCGAGCUGCUGCAGAACUACUGGCGCUGCCGCCGACAGCUCACCCAGUCGCACACGCAGCUGCACACGCAGUCGUCGGACUGCAAGAGCACCCAGAACCGGCUGUGGAGCUUCAGGGACGAGCAGCUCACCCUGCAGGGCCUGUGUGCGGACCAGGCCAAGGUGACCGGCUACCACCGGUUCCAGCAGGCUGACUUCAGCGCGACCGUGCUGUCGGAGCUCGGCCGGCUGCUGGAGACACGCUCCGAGCUGCUCCACCAGAAGGUGGUGCUGCACGCCUACACCGCCCUGCUGUCCCGCCUGCAGGUGGAGUCGUACCUGCACCGCCUGCUGACAGACUGCGGCGGCGGGAGCUCCCGGCCCGGCUCGCUGCAGCCGCUGAAGGAGGCGGUCGGCGUCCUGUUCAGCUUCACCCGCAGGGUGCUCGACGACGCCCCGUUCCAGACGGACAUCCACCACUGGCUGGAGAGACUGGUGGCGGUACUACUACAACUUGGAGGCACUGGAGAGCGUCUGUAUCUACUGUGCCAUCUGCUGUGUUGUCCUGCUGGAAUGGGAAAGUGGGCAGCCAACUUCCUACAGGUCGAGGUGUGGGGCGAGAACGGCGGAGUCCAGCACUUCAUGAAGGCUCUGACCAUCCUCAUGUCUCCGGCCAGACACCGAGCAGAGUUCCUGGGCCACAUGAGGCCGUGUGAGAGCCUGACCUCAGGGGGGGGGCCCGCGUCGGGGAACUGGACCCUGGUGGACGAGGGGGGAGAGGAGGACGAGGACCCCAACAGCAGCUGGCUGCUGCUCUGUGAGGAGGACCUGAUCUCGCUGCUCGCCCAGUUCCCCUUCAAGGACCUGUACUCACACAUGCUGGGCAUCAGCAGGCAGGGCGUGUACGAGCCCCAGGCCUGCUCCAGCCAGAAGAUAAUGAGGAUCUUUGCCUUCGCCUCCUCGCUCAUCGAGGUUCUGGCCGUCGGCCUGCAAACGUACAACCGGGCCCGGUACCGACAGCUGGUCAAACGGAUCGGCCACAGCAUCAGGAUGACGGUGUGCUACGUGAGCGACCACUGGGCCCAGUACGUCAGUGUCAGCGGCGUUGGGGGCUCCGGCUCCUCCACACACUCUCUGUCCAUGGACAAGCUGCAGCUGGAGUACGACCACCUGUUCCUCCGCGCCGUGGUGCACGUCCUCCGCAGCAAGAGGCUGGGCAUCUGGCUGUUCAUGUCGGAGAUGCCCUAUGGCACGCUGUCCAGCGCCAUGCUGUGGAGGGUGCUCUACAUCAUGCAGUGUGCUGAGACAGAGGGCCCCCGGGCCCUCGUCCCCACGGAGAACACCCACGCCUGUCUGCAGGCCCUCAGAGACCCAGAGCACCAGGAGCGCUUCCAGAGCUGGCUGGGGGAGGUGAACAGCUCGGACGGCAUCGCCCUCCUCACCGCCCUGGCCCACAUGGCCACGCCCACCCAGCACUCGGACCCCACCUUCAUCAACACCAUCACCCUCAUCAUCUACCAGGUGUCCUACGUCAGUGUGGCCACCAGGGAGACCUACUCCAAGGUGGGCCGGGAGCUGCUGGCUGCCAUAGCAACGGCCCAUCCCUAUGUCAUCUCCGUGGUGCUGGAGAGGCUGAGGGAGACGGUCCAGAUCGUGGGCAUGGUGGCCCUGUACCUGUGUAAGGAGCUGCCUCUCUGCCUGUGGACGCCGCGGGCGGAGGAGGUGUGUGUGAUCGGGGCGUGGCUGCUCCAGCACCCCCUGCAGGCGGUGGAGAACCGGCUGGCCUGCGUGGUGCUGGAGGGGCUGCACUGGGGCCACUCACAGGACGGUGCCCUGGCCCUGCCGCCCUCGCUCCACAGCGAGGUGGCCCUGCUGGUGGCCGAGGCCUACCAGAAGUACCUCACAGACAAACCCUACGCAGGCCUCAUCUCAGAGGGCAUCAAACAGGUGUCCUACCUGGCCAGCGUGCUGCGUCUGGGCGUGUCCCCCGAGGCCUCCUUCAGCCAGUGGGCGUGGCAGAUGUUGCUGAGGCUGAAGCUCCAUGGCAACAGCCAGAACCCCCAGGCGGCCUGGGCCGGCCCGGGCUCCGCCUCCAGCCCGCCCCCGGAGAUCACGCACGCCCCCAGCAUGCACUCUGUCCUCCGGGCCGUGAAGGCCGGCCUCCCCAUCGGCUGCUACCUGUCUGUUGCCAUGACGACCGCGGGGCACAGUCUGGAGGAGUUCUGCACGGAGGGGGUGGUUCUGCUGAAGAGUCUGAUCCAGGCGCGCUACCUGAAGGCGGCCGUCCACCUGCUGGCCAACGUCCUGCCCCCCUCUUACCACCUGGGCUUCUACCUGCUCAACAACGCCCACUUUGUGAGUUGUGUCCAGUUGUUCCUGCAGAGCGACAGCGUGUGUCCUCAGGGCGUCACGCAGCAGGUCACCCACCGGGUGGCGCCUCUGCUCGUCGGGGGGGCCUACGGGGACAACGUCAGGCUGCUGAACAGCGUGAUCCAGACCCACGUGAUGGAGAGCUCUCGGCCCGGUCGCGUGGGCGUGGCGGCGGUCCUGGAGUUCUGGGUGGGCGUCCUGACCCAGCAGAACCUGUGGUUCCGUGACCGGACGGUUCUGUUCCUCAUGGACCAGAUCUGCCGCUCGGCCUUCAUCUACCACCACGAGGAGUGUGUGCAGAAGCUGCUGUAUGAGCAGCACAAGAAUGCCUUGGGUUACCAUGGCAACCGAGGUAUGCUCUCCUCGCUGGUGGGCUGGAUUUCCGGAAGUGCCACGCCUUCUUUCAUCGAGGGCCAAUCCAUGAGCGGGGAGGUGUGGUUCGCCUGGCUGGUGCUGAACAUGGAGCGUCUGUUCGAGGAGGACUGUCAGCUGCGACGCUGCGUGGAGCACGAGCUGGUGUCAGAGCCCAACCUGACCUCAGACCAGGCCCUCAAGAAGGCACAGCAGCGUCUGAAGCUGCCCGUGGCGCCGUCUCUGGAGCGGCUGCAGAUCUACCGCUGGGCGGGGCAGGCCCUGGCCACGCCCCCGGACCACCCGCUGCUGCCCCUGGUCUGGCAGAGGUUCCUGCAGCUCUACUUCAGGCAGCCCGGCCCCGAGUACGGGAUGAACGCGGGCGGCUGCAUCGGGCGGCGGUUCUUCCAGGCCUCGCCGCACGCCGCCCUGCUGCGGGCGCUGAGGCAGCGGCUCCAGGAGGUCUCCGACUUCCACCACGCCGCCAGCCAGGCCCUCAGAGCGCCCCCCCUCAGCGGCCCCGCCCAGGACCCCCCCCUGCUCCCCCCGUACCUGCCCUCCCCCCAGCUGCACACCGAGCUGGUCAGGUUGUUCGGGGUGAUAGCCGUGUGGUUUGACGACGAGACCCUCCAGAAACAGGAAGUGUACCUGCCCUCACUUCCUGCGCAGUACGAACCCCACAGGCUGGCGCAGGUCAUGCAGAGACACCAGGAGCUGUGGCUGGACGCCGUGGAGCAGGAGCGCGUGCAGUUUGACCAGUGGGAGGUGCUCUCUCUGUGGGAGAAGGCUCUCAGCGAGCCCCCCUUCGUCCGCAGCCAGGCCCUGGGCUUCACCGACUACAGCAGCCUGCACUCAGCCCGGGAGCGUAUCCUGACCAACCUCCAGCAGCACGCGGCCCCGGGCCCCCCCCCCGGCCCCCAGCAGCAGGGGGCCCCGGUGGCGGAGGUCCCCCCCGCCUGCCUCACCGACCGGAGGGCUGCCCUGGAGCUCCUGGAGCAGGACCUCAGAGAGCUGCAGGAGGGGGCCAGGGCUGCGGUGGCGCGGGAGGCCCACCAGGUGGCGCUGGAGCAGGAGCUGCUGGAGGCCCUGCCGCUGCUGUACAAGAACCGGCCGGAGCAGGUCACCAUGGUCCUGGAGUGCCGGGGGAGGGGGGGGCAGGCCUGCCAGGGGGGCGCCAACAUCACCGUCACGUGUGAGUGUGUCCAGAAGCAGGAGGCGGUGCAGACCCAGAUCGUGUCUCUGCACGCCGACAUCAAGAAGGUCCAGGCGGACGCCGUGGCCCCGCCCCCCCCGGCCCUGGCCCAGGCUGCCGUGCACACGGAGAACUUCAUCACAGCCCUGGUGAACCUGUACAAGGUGCAGCGGAGCCCUGCGGUGCAGCAGGUGGGGGUGAGCUCCUUCUACCAGGUGGUGUCGUUCGUGAGCGCUGACACGCUGCGCCACCCGCCCACGCGCCAGUACCUGUCCUCCUGCGUGGAGAUCCUGGGACAGGUGUUCAUCCAGGGAACGGCGGCCGAGUGCGGCCGCGUCCUGACGGCCAUCUUGGAGCAUAGACGCCUGUGUCCCCUCAUCUCCCCCUUCUUCACCCCCAACGCUGCGCCCAAUCAGGUGGUCUCCCUCUACCAGGACGUGGUGACAUCACUGCACCCCGACAGCGCUGACGUCAUCUUCAUGCUGCUGACCAAGUUCGACCUCCCUCAGUGGCUGAGCGAGGCCCAGCCCUCCUUCUCGGAGCGGAGCCGUCUGCUGGAGCUCGUCCACGGGGCGCUGUGUGUGUGCGGGCCGGACCCCGAGCCCGACCUGCUCACUCCCUUCCACCUGUUCACCCGCCACUGGGUCAAGCUGCUGCGCCACCACUUCCCCGACCACUACAGCGACGGCCUGCGCCUGCUCAUGACCAGCUCCUCGGACCAGCUGCUGGCCCCCGAGUGCUGGAAGGGGACCCUCCGCCUGCUGGGCUGCCUGCCCCCACCCCGCAGCCCCAGGGGCCCCGCGGAGCCAGGGGCCGGCGGGGCGGACCCCCAGGGCCCGGCCGGGGGCUCCCCCGCCGCCCACUACAGGACCUCCGUCAGCCUCUCCCCCCAGCAGGCGGCCGAGACGGUGGCCUGGCUGAGCGACUACUUCCUGCGCGGCCGCCUCAGUAAGCCGGACCUGCGCAGCUUCGGGCUGUACUCGGCGUGGACGCCCUACGUGGACGACGUGGUCACCUUCUGGGGCCACCUGGGGACCUCCCUGAUCAACACGCAGCUCAGCAGCUGCUCCAGGGAGCCCCUGGGCAGCGCCAAGGUCCUGGCAGCGGUGAACUCGGUGCACAGUAAGAUGGUGGAUUUGUUCAAGCCUUGGAUCUUCCCCCUGGACACGGAUGACCCCAGCAACCCCAGGUGCUACCCCUGGCUGGAGACGGAUGCUGCUGCCGCGGGCCGCAUGGUGGGCCUGUACGCCCAGCUCACCGACACGCUGCACGGGAAGUUCAGAGAACGCUUGCUGCCGGGCCAGCGGGGGGCGCUGUGGCUGUGCAUGAUGAGGUACUGCGAGAGCUGCACGUCCCCCCGCACCCCGGACUACCUGCUGUACCUGUACCACACACACCUGCGCAGCCUGCCCUGGGCCCAGCUGCACCCCGACACACAGCUGAUGGAGCAGCUCUUCAAGGUGGAGAGAGGAAGUCCCAAGAGCUGCUUCCUGUUCCUGGGGGAGGUGCUCUGCGGGGUGAACUGGGUCAGCGUGCUGAGCGAGCACUUCCAGCCCCCGCCGGCCCGCGCCCCCUCGGCCUACCCCGCCCUGCCCCCCCAGGGGGACCCCCACACCAUGCUGGUCUACCUGCUGCACAUGCUGGCGUUCCUCACCAAGGAGGAGCUGCUCCUCGGACAGCCGGACUCCCCCCUGCUCAGCCUGUUGGUGCAGUCCUCCACCCUGCCCUGGCAUGAGGUGGACCUGCCCUCGUACCAGGGCGUCAUGGGCUACGUGGGGGCACACUACCCCCCCUCCCUGCUGCUCUGCACCGACUCCGCCCCCCAGCUGCUGGUCCAAUCGCUGCGCAGCGCCGCCGGGCUCUGGCCCCGCCCCCACGGGACCACACACAGGCCUGCUGUGUCUGCCUCUGUUUCCCAGGAGGCCACGGUGAAAGCAGGGGUGUGUGUUAGCUGGUGCGUCCAGUCGCUGGUCACUCUGGAGCAGGGAGGCGGCAGCAUCAGCCUGGCCGGCCUGAAGGCCCAGCUGGAGAGCCUGCUGGAGAGCGUCAUCGCCUUCAACCCCCCCGAGACGGGCCUGGAGCAGAGACACAUGGCGCUGUGUGGCCUGUUCAGCCAAUCCCUGUCCCUGCUCAACCGAGUGGGCGUGUCCACGGGCGAGGCCCUCGCCGCCCAUGUCAUUUCCUGGCUGGACAGGAAGGGGCGGGCCUUCCCCAUCCUGCCGCUGCUCACCGCCUGCUCCCAGGCUCUGGCCUCGGUCCGUCACAUGACCCGCAUCAUGGAGGCCUGCAUCACCGCCUACUUCGACCACGCGGAGGAGGAGUCUGUGGGGUGGGGGCCCGUGUUGGCGUCCCUUCAGGUGCCCGAGCUCACCAUGGAGGACUUCCUGUCCGAGAGCCAAUCGGGAGGCUGCUUCCUGACCCUCUACGCCUUCGUCCUGCAGCGGCUCAACACGGAACACACGGCGGCCAAUGACAGGAGGACGUUGGCUCUGCUCAGCUCGUGGACCAAUCAGGUCUACCCUAGCGGGCCAGGGGACGAGGCCAAGCUGUUCUUGUGGUGGCACCGGGCCCUGGCGCUGUCGGCGGAGCAGCUGCAGCCCGGGGGAGGGGAGGCCCCGGGCGUGGCCCUGGGCCUCCUGAGGCUGACCGCCCGGCUGACCCAGCUGGGGGAGGAGAGGCUGAACUCCGGACUCCUGGGGGCCCUCGGGCUGGGGAAGCGCUCGCCGGUCUCCAACAGGUUCAGGGUGGUGGUGCGCUGCCUGGCGGUGUUCCUGACGGUGCAGGUGGUGUCGGAGACCCAGCUGCGACUCCAACCCACCGCUGACCUGGAGCUCUCCGCUAAAGAACUACAGGCCCUGUCGGCGCUGGAGGCCCUGCCCAGCAGUAAGCAGUACGCUGAGCUGGAGGACUCGGUGACCAAGGCCGUCCAGUUCAUCCGGUACCCCGGCCACUGCCUGAGAGACGGAGCCAGGCUGCUGACCCUGCUGGCCAACCUGCUCUACCCCGAGCUCAGAUACCUGCACAUCAUUCGCUGACACAGCUCAGGCGUCUAGCAACCCUACCGGACAUGCCCCUGCCUCUCUGAUCCUCUGAACCUUGGGGAGACGUUUAUCUUUGGUGACAAUCCACGUCCAUCCUGCUGCAAACCAAACAGGAGCUGCUCCUCUUCCAGUGGAACCAGAAAAGAUAUUGAACUCUUUUAUCGGCAGGAAUUGCCGUCCAGAUGUGUGGACUAUUAUCUGCUGGUGUCAUCAAGCCGGUGAGAAGCAAGUUGUUAGGCACUAACGCUGUUUUCAAGCCCUCCAUGUUUACUUUAUCAUUAUCUAAGCCUUGAUUCUAAUCGUUGCCUUUUGAUUUGAACGCUUUCCGGUCACGUGUCUUCAGUGCAGGAUUGUAGUGCACAUAUUUAUGGAUCAUCAAUACAUAGAUCUGGGAGAAGCUUCUGGAGCAUCGAGGCGUCGAUGUGUCCAGCCUACAGAUUGGCAGGCCUCACUGACCAAUCACCUGCUGGCUUCAAGUCAUGCCAGUUGAGCCACUUGGAGCCCCACACCCUCACAACAUGAUACCUGUCAAUCGGCCAGAACAACCAAGUGUUUAGUUGCUGCAUUUUAACCACAGAAACACAUCUCAUGUAUGGCCAGAAGUGGUUCUGUUGGUUCUGCCAAAGGUCAGACGUAAACCUGCUGGAAGCCAGUUGGUAGUGCAGAGUUUGGACCUCCUCAGCUUUGUUUGCUCCUGUCGACCUGAGAACAACCAGCACUGGUUCCACGAGCGCUACCUGGACCGUACCACUGCGCCACCUGGACCGUACCACUGCGCCACCUGGACCGUACCACUGCGCCACCUGGACCGCACCACUGCGCCGGCAGUGUCCAUAGAAAUGAGUGUCAUUCUCUCUUUGCUAAAUGCUUCAUAUAUUAAGAUGAGUGCGGCUCACCAAGUAGCAAAUGUGUUUCCAACAGAAGGUGUUAAGAUCAAUUGUAUGUUACGUGAAUACAGUCAUACACGCACAUAUUCUCAAUACCCCUUCUCCAUCCAGAACUUGGGUCAGUCUGUGCAAUCUCAUGGUGAAUUCUACUUGUGCGUCGCAGGUAACAUGGAGAGCAACUCUUCCAUGCAGGAGGAUAACUGACUCUGGAAUCAGCAUUGUGCGCUGUGGGCCGCUUAGUGGAGGCUGUUGAGUCAAUAAGCACCGGGGUGACUCAGUGCUUUGGAAUGAUUCUCCGGAGCACAGGGACAGUAAAUACACCAGGAGGGACUGCGAGCCAUAGCCCAAGUCUGCUGUCAUUGGAAAUAAUGAUGUGUUAUUAUCGCUGCUGCUGGGGAGGCUGAAUGUAUGAAUGUUUGGUGUGUGUGAGCUUGGACGGUGGGAAAACAUGACUUAUAGGAGUGAGACUCAUUCACUGCGUGAUCUCCGGUGUGAAUGAGUGAGUCCGGGUGCGUGUGUGGUUGUGUGUGUGUGUGAGACAGACAAAGAGUGUGAAUGUUCUGUGUGUGUGGCAUUACAUCCCUUACAAAUCAUCUAAUGCCAUUGUGUGCGUGCGUGCGUGCGUGCGUGCGUGCGUGCGUGCGUGCGUGCGUGCGUGCGAGCGAGUGAGUGAGUGAGUGAGUGAGUGGUGUGUUUGCGCUCGCGCGUGGUUACAUGUCCUCAUCUCAGAACACGUCUGUGAGGGAGCGAGGCGGCGGGUCUUUUAAGGUAGCGCACUCAGCCUGCCGGCUGCUGGGAGAGAGAGGAACAGGGGGUGAGGUGAGGAGACGGGGGAGACGGGGGAGCCAGACGGAGCUCUGUCUCGCGCUCGCUCUCCCCGCCCAUCUUCUGAUGCCCUCCACCACCACCACCUCCACCCACCAACUCCUCUGCUCCUCGGCGUCUGUUGGUCCCGCCCCCCCAGUCCGUCCGUCCGUCCUCGGGUCAGGUGGGCGAGGGUGAGAGACGGGCAGCUGUCUCUCAUUGGCCGGCGUUUCUGCUGAAGCCAUGGGAUCCGUCAGACGCUCUUUAUCCUGAGGAGCCUUUUGGACGCGCCGCGGGGAGACACGGACCAGACACAACGCCGGCUGGCGGCGCGUUUCUCCUGGUUGUCAUGGAGACAGACGACGGGCUCUCACACACAGACACACACGCACACACUCUAAGAGCCUGCAAGCCUUCGACCGGGGAGGACGUCGUGUUCCGCUUCGACACACUGCUCAAUAUUUCAAAGAGACGAUUCAAAUACAAGAUUACAAAAUAAAAGUCUGACUUGCAAAUUGUUUCCUAAUAGACAAUUAAUAAAGAGAACGUGAAACGUUGUUGGCCUUCU